AUGGAUGAAGACAGUGGGGCGCUCGUGCUUACAUCAGAUACAGACGACGCCGAUGUUCACGCGUUGAAGGUACUCCUGACGGACAGCAACCACUACCGUUUGCCCACUGACGAUCCUGAAGGACAACUGUGUGAAGAAGCUUCGGUACCAACUCGAGCGGUGGAGACAUUGCAGCGCGCUAUCAAGAAUAUCAACGACCGCAUCCUCAAGAAGGGCUAUGGCUUUUCAGUUUCUUGUGCCCAGGAGGACCAGAGUUCAACUUCGCUGACGCUGGCCACCCAGGACCUGAAGUACGGCAUGGGCCAGGAGCGCGACAACACCGAGGGGGAUCACGCCACUUGCGGCGCACAAAGCGCGAGGCAGUCAACGGAUUUUGCCGGCACCAAUACAGGACUAACGGUGCUAUUUCCAGUUGGCUACAGGUACAGCUGGGGCACGAUUAACAGCAUGCAUCGCAACUACAUCAGCAAGGUACAGACGAUCUCCAAGCCGAUCGGGAAGCCAUCCUCUCCUGAGUGCAGGCUUUGGACAGCUAUGUGCAACGUGCGACGGGCAGGAGCUGCAGCAGCUGAACGACAGGACGAGGUUCCAAUGCUCAAGUGGCUAUUCAACGACAACGUGACUCAAGAUGGAGAUGGUCAUGGCUACAUCAACGAGAAUGGCUUUCGCUCACAGAUAUGGGUUCAAUCACCGUUGAAGCAGAACGGCAACAUUGCGAACAACAAGACCAGGCGGGCAGACGGAUGCGCACAUGGCUAUGUCAACGCUGACAACCAACCUUUGGAAAAGCCAUAUCGCUUCGACACCAACAUCCAUAUGAACAUGACCUCGAUGCGCCGCCCGGGGCGUGGAACUCAACGACACGCAGUGAUUGAGAGGUCAGUGCCAGGACAAGGAAUCAAGAGAACGGCCUACACCACGAUAUACACGAUGCAGAUGUGCAAGAGUUUGGGUAUGUACUUGCGCACUGUGACUUUACAGCUCCAGCUCUUGGUGCCGAAGGCUCGGCGGCAAAUGCUAUUUUUACAGUCACGCACGGUUUACUGGAACCAGGUCAAUGGCGUGGACUUCGCGCAGGACCCAGACUGGCACUACCCUCAGGCACUGCAGGCCAGCUCUGGCCUCGUUCGGGGCUGGC